AUGGCUCGACGGCCGGAGCAAGAUGGUCCGGUCUCUGAGUCAACCCAGGAUCCCUCGACAACAGAUGCCGGAAAGGAGUUCCAAAUACCCUUGACGCGCUUCUGGACUCUGUGUGCCGGCGUGUGUCUGGGUCUGUUCCUUGCCAUGAUAGACACUUCCAUCGUAGCAACGAGCCUAUACAACAUCGGAAGCGAGUUUAACGAUGUCGGAAAUGUCAAUUGGGUAGCGCUCUCAUAUACCCUUGCUUACAUGGGAUUUGCUGUGGUAUUUGCCCGCAUUUCUGACAUUGUUGGCCGCCGGGACGCCUUUGUCGUGGCCUCCGUUCUCUUCGUCGCCUUCUCGCUUGCCUGUGGAUGGGCGCAGAAGAUGCAUCAGCUCAUUGCCUUCCGAACAGUCCAAGGAAUCGGCGGCUCCGGCCUCUACUCGCUGGCCAUGAUCAUGCUGCCGGAGAUGAGCCCCAACCACCUGAAGCAAUACAUCGGGGCCAUGGUUGGGGUAGUCAUUGUCAUGGCCGGUGUGUUGGGUCCCAUCCUCGGAGGUCUCCUGACUAACUACACCACCUGGAGAUGGGUUUUCUGGAUCAAUGGACCCGUUGGCGCUCUCUCUCUCGCCACAUUCCUUUCAAGCUGGCCGGUACGAGAGCAACGCCCUCGACUCCAGAAGCACUCGUGGAAGCAGCUGGACCUAGUGGGCUCGUUUCUCACCAUUGCCGCAACGGUACUGGUGGUGUUUGCUUUCCAGGAUGCCGGGGUUACCUCGGGCGGCUCUUCUUCCUGGCAAGGAAACAACUGGCAAUCAGCCGUGUUUGUUGCUCCGCUUGUCGCGGGCACUCUGUGCUGGGUUGCUCUCGUUGCUUGGGAAAGCAUGGUUGAACGUCGGCUCGCAUCUCGCUGCUCUCCCGUCUUCCCCAUGCGGCUUUUCCAGCACAGCACCUACACGUCUGGUGUUGUCAACACCUUGCUCCUCGGGUUCCCGUACCUGCUCCUGAUCUAUGUGGUCCCCUUGAGGAUACAGGUUGUUGGGGGCAAGUCGGCACUACUGGCCGGCGUCAUGUUACUGCCCAUGCUCGUGACGGUGGCCCUUGGAAGCAUCGUCAGCGGCGCAGUCAACUCGAGGAAACAGUUGAUUAUGGAAACACUCGUUGCCGGCUCAUGCUUGAUGCUCUUGGGCUGUGGCGUGCUUACCACCUUGUCGGUUGAGGGACUGGACGCGGCCAAACUGAUGGGCUUCCUCACCUUUUGCGGCCUUGGCUUCGGCCUUGCCAUCUCGUCUUCCACCAUGAUAGCGUCUCUCGAGAUUGCACCAAAGGACUACGCAUCGGCGCAAGGUAUCGUUGCUCAAAUGCGCAUGUUCGGAGGUAGCUUGGGCAUUGCAGCCUCCACAGCCAUCCUGCGAGCCGGAAUGGACGGCAUCCCAUCCCGCAUGUCCAAACGACAGACUCAAACAAUGGCAGAGCAGCAAAACGCAAGACUGAGAUAUGCCGAAGCAUUUCGAACAGACAUGAUUGUUGCGACUGCCAUGUCAGGCGUGGCAGCAGUCGCAUCGGCCAUUGCAUUGUGGCAAAGCCGGAAACGAACACCACGUCAAACAGGCGAGAGAAGAGGGCCUAGAUUUUUGUCUCGAUGUUUUUCUUUCUUCCUAGACUAG